AUGUCAAACUCGCAAGCAGUACCCACUCACGCCGACAACGACCUCGAUUUCCAUGGAGAAAACGACAACAUAGCUGCCAUGAUCAAAGUUCCUCAGGCUGGCCUCGAGGGAGUACCAAUUGUAGAUCCCGUCAAUGUCAGUUCACAUGUCACCCUAAAUGCAAAUCUAGCCGUUGAUCCCGAAGGUAGCAUACAUAGGGAAGUUCGAUCAGGUGGUCGAGAUUCAUUUGUAAAGGCGCACGCUAGAGCCAUUAAGGUUGCAACUAGAAAUUCGACCUAUUCAAGAGGAGAAAGAACAACAAGUUGCCGGAUUCGUUUUAGCUAUAGAGAACUUCAGAAUGCAACUAAUAACUUCUCAAUAAAACAUGGGCAAAGUGGAUUUGGUUCAGUUUACCAAGGGGUUCUUGCAGAUGGGACUAGAAUUGCUGUGAAGAAAUUGGAAGGCGUUGGUCAGGGAAAGAAAGAAUUUCGGGCAGAAGUUAGUAUUAUAGGCAGCAUCCAUCAUCUUCAUCUGGUGAGACUGAGAGGCUAUUGUGCUGAAGGAACACACAGGCUCCUGGCUUAUGAGUAUAUGUCCAACAAAGAAUAA